GAACAGAAGCUUUUGAUAUUUUUGUCUCGAGUCGAGCCUUUCCCCCGACGCAAGAAUAAACGGGGGCUAAAAGCCCAGAAGACUCCUCGCCCCUCUUCCCCUCUCCUUUGCGGCGGCGCGACGGUAGUGGAAGAGGAACUCCAUCCAACACAUGGCCGCCGCCGCCGCCACCGUGCGCUCGAGGCGCAGGCUCCUGCCGCACCUCUACCGUCUCCUCCACUCCGCCGCCGCCCCCUCGCCCAACCGCUUCCUCCGCCACGCGUCGCCGCUGCCCCGCGCCGCCGACCACUCCCCUUUCCUCGGCCUCCCCGCCGCGCGCGUCACCACGCUCCCCACCGGCCUCCGCGUCGUCACCCAGGCCUACCCGGCCGCCACCCGCAUGGCCUCCGUCGGCGUCUGGGUCGACGCCGGCAGCCGCUUCGAGCUGCCCGGCACCAACGGCACGGCGCACUUCCUCGAGCACAUGGCUUUCAAGGGCACCGAGCGCCGCCCCAACGCCUACGCGCUCGAGGUGGAGAUCGAGGACAUGGGCGCGCGCCUCAACGCCUACACCUCCCGCGAGCAGACCACCUUCUUUGCCGACGUGCAGGGCCGCGACGUGCCCGCCGCGCUCGACGUGCUCAGCGACAUCCUGCAGCACCCGCGCUUCCCGCAGCAGGCCAUCCAGCGCGAGCGGGGCGUCAUCCUCCGCGAGAUGGAGGAGGUGCAAGGAAUGAUGGAGGAGGUGAUAUUUGAUCACUUGCAUACCGCAGCAUUCCGAGACCAUCCGCUGGGGGACACGAUAUUAGGUCCUACGGAGAACAUUAAAUCGAUCUCAAAGAAAGAUUUGCAGCAGUACAUUUCAACGCAUUAUACCUGUCCUAGAACGGUUGUAUCUGCUGCUGGAGCUGUCGAUCACGAUGAGGUUGUUGAUCAAGUCAGAAAAUUGUUUACAGGAUUCUCUACUGAUCCAACUACUGCAGAUCAGCUUGUUGAGGCAAAUCCGGCUAUUUUUACUGGCUCAGAGGUUCGUGUGGAGGAUGCCGGGAUGCCUCUAGCGCAUAUUGCAAUUGCUUUCAAGGGUUCAUCAUGGACUGACCCUAGCUCAAUUCCUCUUAUGGUGGCCCAAAGCAUAUUGGGAUCUUGGAAUAGGAACAUUGGUGUAGGGAACUGCUCAGGGUCUGCUUUAGCUCGUGGCAUCAGCAAUGGUGGGCUAGCUGAGAACUUGAUGGCAUUCAACACUAACUAUCGUGAUACAGGAUUAUUUGGCAUCUAUACUAGUGCUCCGCCUGACGCACUACAUGACCUGUCACGGUUAAUAAUGGAAGAAUUUAGAAGACUUGCAUUCAGAGUGUCAGAGACAGAGGUUGCUCGUGCUCGUAAUCAGUUGAAAUCUUCUCUUUUGCUUCACAUUGAUGGAUCAACUGCAGUUUCCGAGAAUAAUGGUCGCCAGAUGCUUACUUAUGGACGAGUAAUGCCAUUCUUGGAGCUUUUUGCUCGGAUUGAUGCUGUUGACUGCGAUGCAAUAAUGGAAACAGCCAAGGAGUUUAUAUUUGACAAGGAUGUUGCCCUUGCUGCAGUUGGACCGAUCUCUAAUUUGCCAGAGCUCAGUUGGUUUCGCUCACAGACCGCUUCUGACGACAAAUUUACUUCAAGAGUAUUCUCGCAAUUUACUUCAAGAAUAUUCUCGCUGGGCGCACAGAAUAACUGAAGCUGCUGCUCUGGGAUAUUGUUGUUUGUAGUAGUUUGGUGGAAGAAUUGAUAGCUAGCCUUAAGGGGUCUCAUUAUAUUUUCCUAUAGAUAGGACUAUAGGAGUACGUUCUUUUGUCCUGUACCCAAUGUAUUUUUUCAUAAUCUUCCCUCUGGUGGUAGUAACAAGUUUCAUGCACGUCAAAGAAAAAAAAGUUCAUGCCUUAUGCUA